AUGUUGGUUCUGGGUAGAGCUUUUGCUACGGUUUUCUGUUUACUUCAAGCUGUUUCUGGAGAAAGUGGCAAUGCACAGAAUGGAGACCUAGAAGAUGCAGAACCUGACGAUUACUCCUUCUGGUGCUACAGCCAGUUGGAAGUGGAUGGCAAUCAGCAUUCAUUGACUUGUGCCUUUGAUGAUCCAGACAUCAACAGCACCAACCUGGAGUUACAAAUAUGUGGGUCUCUUUUAGAGAUGGAGUGCCUAACUCUUAAUAAGCUGCAAGAGAUAUAUUUUGUAAAGACAGGAAGAUUCUUACUGAUUGGUAGCAGCACUAUAUGUGUGAAGCUUGAAAAACGGAAUUUAAUUUGCAAAAGAAUGGACAUAGCAAAGAUAGUUAAACCUGAGGCUCCUUUUGGCCUGGACAUAGUUUAUCGAAAAGAAGCAAAUGACUUUUUGGUGACAUUUAAUACAUCUCACUCAAAAAAGAAGUAUGUAAAACAAUUAAUGCAUGACAUGGCCUACCGCCCAGAAAAGGGCGAAAGCAACUGGACGCAUGUAUAUUUAUUGAAUACAAGAACUACAAUCCUAGAGCGAAAGCUACAACCUAGAGCUGUGUAUGAAAUUAAAGUCCGAUCCAUCCCUGAUACCAGAUACUUUAAAGGUUUCUGGAGUGAGUGGAGUCCAAGUUCUACCUUCGAGACCCCAGAGCCCAGGAGUCCAGGGGGAUGGGACCCUGUUUUGCCAAGUGUCAGCAUUCUGAGUUUUUUCUCUGUGGUUUUGUUGGUCAUCUUAGCCUGUGUGCUAUGGAAAAAAAGGAUUAAGCCUAUUGUAUGGCCCAGUCUCCCUGAUCACAAGAAAACUCUGGAACAGCUAUGUAAGAAACCAAAAAAGAAUUUGAAUGUGAGUUUCAAUCCUGAAAGUUUCCUUGACUGCCAGAUUCAUGAGGUAAAUGGCAUUCAAUCCAGAGAUGAAGUAGAAAGCUUUCUGCAAAAUGUUCAUCCUCCACAACCUGAUCCUCCACCUGAGGAGCUGGAAAAGCAGGGACACGGAGCAGCUGUACAUAGCCCAACCUGGCUAGCUGAAAUUUCAGUCAGCACUCCAGAAACUCUCGGGAGAGAGUUACCCCUCAGAUUCCUGGAUAGAAAUCCGAGUGGAUGCAAUACCCCUACAUUCCCUUCGCCUAGGCCUCCUGACUACAGAGAUGGUGAAAGAAAUGGGUCUCAUGUGUAUCAAGACUUGCUGCCAAGGCCUGGAAACACAAAUGGCACCCUCCCUCAACCAUUUCCUCUCCAGUCAGGAAUCCUGAUACCAGUUUCUCAGAGACAGCCUAUCCCCUCUUCCUCAGUACUGAAUCAAGAAGAGGCAUAUGUCACCAUGUCUAGUUUUUACCAAAACAAGUGAAUUAUGAGAAACUGAAGACCCUUCCAUCACAAACAGAAUGAUCACUGGGAUGGAAAGUCUUGAAGGCCUACUCUCCCUCAUAGCUCACAGAAGAUAAAGUCAAGAUGACCUUGCUACACAUCAUCAACUUUCUGAGAAAUCAUUUUGAUCUCCUAGCUCAGAAACAUUUGCAUAAAACAGGAAGAAUCUGCUUCUACCUUGUUGGUUCAGUCCUAAGAGUUCAAAUGACCCAAUUAAAAAAUAUGAACAAAACUCAAAUUAAAUAAACAGUAAUGGGAAGAUGGAAGGCUGUGAUGAAUGCAGGAAGAAGGAAUAAAAGAAAAGAAGCCUA